AACAAACAAACAAACAGACAGACAGACAGACAGAGCGCUUUAUAUAUAGUAAUGAUUUUUGCACUGACAAAUACAGGGCUUGAGGCUAAAUACAAUUUUGAGGGUAAACUUGGUUAUAUUACAUAUGGCACCGAUUGGGUCCAAGAUGCUGUCAAGAAGCGUCUGUAUCAUCGUGUAGGACUGACACCAAACGAUUGGCAGUACUCAUACUAUGUAUUCGAAGAUGUCACGUUUUUUGAAACGAAACUGCGAUGUACAUCAAUGCCACAGGGAAUGUAUUACAGGAUGGGCCUGACAUAUAUAAGAAAACAACGUGAUGAGAAAAUCUCAUUAAAUGGUCGUUACAAGGAUGUGAUCGUGUUUGAAGGCGAGCCGCCCGAGGAUGUUAACAUCGACGGCCAUCAUCCAGCCCUUAUCAGAGGAUACUCUGCAGAACAUAGAAAUGCAACAUAUGGAUGGGAGCUGUAUUUUCCGCAUACAUCAAAUUUCUCGCUAUACAAAGAAGAGUACUGGUAUCCGUCGAUGACAUCCAAAGAACCCGAUUGGAGUAUUUUCAAUGACAUUCCUGACUCGUGCUUUACUUCACAACCGAAGUCACACCCUAAACUAACCGUCUGA